AUGGCAAUGGAUGAUGACUUGCUUGAAAGUUUGCUGUCCUAUGAGUGCCCCUUUACCGGUGCCAAGCGGGUUGCUGGACUUGGCACUGUUGAAACGGAACAUGGGAAGACAAACACUGGUGAUGAAAGUGGCUACAUGGAGUACUUCUCCCGUGAUUUAAUUACCGGGGAUUCUGGGGAAGCAAGCGCCCGGGUGAAGGGUCCUGCCAGAUCGUCCAAGAUGGAUUUGGCUAAGCUUGCCGAUGACUUUGAUGCUUCAACCUUUGACUGGGAGACUGUACGGCCUUUUGGCCUCCUGAGCCAUUGCGUGCGGACUGGCGCCCCUUCCAAACACAUCGUCGAGCUGGCGCAGGCAGAGGUCCGAAACAACCCACGUGCCACUUUGGGAAUGAGAAAGUUAGCAGCUAUUCGCUUGAAAGAUGCUGAAAAAGGAGUCCACAAAUUGUUGAAAGAAGAAGGAUUUGAAUGUACAGUGCCAGUGGGCAAGUUCACAGUGAGACCAGGGUUCACCAUUCCGUACAUCUUGCUGUCUUCAUGGGUGAAGUACCUAUUAGAUUGUGGCCGACUUCCCAAACUUCUCGUUGGUGUACCUACAUUUGCAAAGAUGAGAUUGGUGUUGAAGGAGUGGUGGGCUAGAUUUCGUGUUUUGUAUCCUGACCAUGGGUACUUCGGUCAUGCUGAACGUCAUGGGAUUCCUUUUGAAAACCUUGUUCCCUUCUUCUCCCAUGCCGAUGAUGGGCGAAGCUACAAACACCUUGGCAUUUGGAUUCUUUCAAGUGCUGGUUGCAUUGGGAGGGGGACGAGGAUGCAUGUUGAUUCCAAUCGCCACAGGCUGCCAUUGCAUGAAAAUGCUAUGGGUGCAAAUUUCAUGGGAAAGACUUGGACGACCCAGUUUAUUUUCACCACGGUUCUCAAGACUGUUUACACACAGUAUCCGAAUAUCUUGGACGAAUUGACCAGCAUCUAUGCUGAAGAUGUGAAGAAGCUCUUGUUUGAGGGUGUGCUUGCAGCCAAUGGGCGGGAUCGUGUUUACUUAGCCCACAUGGGUUUCAAAGCUGAUUUGCCAAUGCUUCAAAAAAUGGGCGGGUUCCAUCGAUGUUGGUCUCAUGUCCCACGACAGUCCUCAUCUAGAAAACCCAGUGAAGGAUGUUGCCACCUGUGCCUUGGUGGAAGGGAAGGCAACCCAAGUUUUCCCUAUGAAGAUUUCCGACCAGAUGCUGCUUGGACGGCGACCAUCUACAUGGAAGUGCCAUGGGCUCCUGACUGUCCUCCAAAGAUUUUUGAGGGCUUGCCAUUGAGUCCUACUGACCAAAUGGAUUUCUUCAAGAGUGACUUUUGGCACAACUGGCAUUUAGGGAUGUCAAAACAUUUUUUAGCUUCUGCACUGGUGGCGAUCGUAGAAUCCGACUUGGAGAUCUUACCUAGAGGAUCUGUUGAAAAGCGGUUUGAGUUUUUGACGGAGAUGUAUGUGAAGUUCCAUCGUGAUCGGAAUGUUACACCAUUCUUGGCUGAAAUUUCUCGUGACAGCAUGUCAUUCCCUGCCAGCACAGCUGCACCAGUCGGACGGUGGUCCAAGGCUUUAGUCUCUACGGAACUUUCACUUUUCCUAGAUUUUUUCUGUGAAAAGCACAUUAGAGGAAAGGUGACUGAGGAGUCACAUCCGCUCUUGCAUGCCAUUGUCACUCGAUUCAAAGCAGGUGCGACCAAGGCGAUCAACAUUGCGAUCACUUUCAUGUACCAAGCUGGCUUUUGGAUUAGGGCUGCUGACGCGAUGAGGCUGAGCGGCUUCCUUUACUUCUUUUUGGCCAAGUACACUGUUUGUGCCCGUUUGACAUUGCAGCUCAGGCUGCGGCGUUUUGCAAUGUUGCCUAAAGGGCAUAUGAUUUCACAUGAGGCAAAACGUUUGAUGACUGAAAGCAAGAAAGGGGCCUGGGUGGUGAACACCAUAGUGUUCACCAACCAGGUCCAGGAGGACUUCAUAGGUCGUCCAUCCAGAUUAAGUAGACGAGUCAACAUCAAAUGUCUUCAUUGGAAUGUGCUUUGCAGAGCACUGAUUAUUUAUCAGGAUGAAUUUUACAAAUCAGACCAUGAUUUGCGGGGUCUUGAUGCAUACGGGGACUUGUGA